GUGGUAUGCGGUCGACGAUUUUCGAGAGCGUCGAUGAAGGCGAAUCCUGGCCACUACGUCGCUCGUAUAAUAGUCUGCAUCCCGUCGAACAAGAAUGGAUGCCCCUCCAUCAAACAGUUGAAGCUCCUCCGCAUCGGUCACCUCUACCGUAUGGGUAGCUUCGAAGAGGUUCUGAAGAAAUUCUUGGGGAGGAAAUACGCCAAGUUGAACCGGAUGAUGCCUCUGCGAAAACAGAGGGAAUGGCUGGAAUCGAGGCAAUCGGUGCUAUCUCGGAGACAAUUGACCGCUGAAAAACCGGUUAAUCAGGUAGAGACUGACGACGUCCGGGCAAGGAGAGGCCGAUUCGUGGGGAGGCAGAGUCAGUGGCUGCCGGCGUUGCAGAGAGGGAUCCCGUUGAGAUGAAACUGAAUACGAAAAAAACAGGUGCUGAAGAAGAUCGACGAGAAGAAUAUUGCAAUUGAGGCGGUGGAUAAGGAAAGCCGACCCAAACGGCUCGAUCAGACGCCGGUUUUCAGAAGAGGAAGGAAGCGCCGUUGGCGACGGCCAUCUGCGGUCUAAAACUCCUGUGCAGUACUGGCAAAGCUGCUUGGUUCGCCGGCCCUUCUUUCCUCUUGGUCAUCAUUCCGUUCAUUGUUGAGAUAAAUCGGGAGCAUAGCAGAUGAAGGGGCUCCAGUUGCAGCAGGCCAGCCUUCUAGACGCUGAAGUAAUUCCUUCGACUUUACUGUCUUUCCUUCUCUCUGAUACCAUGAGAAAACUAGAGAAUAACAGAGAGGGUUGGAGAGGACUAUUGAUCCCUUUGAACAUGUAUAUAGUACAAGAAAGGCAUCGUUACAACAUCUUUGCUAAGUUAUCAACACACGAUUUUAGGAACAAA